AUGGCCUCAUCUUAUAACGGAAAACCGUCUUCUGAUAAUGGGUUUUCAACAGUUCCUGCAUGGGAAAAGAAGUUUUGUGCUUCCGUUGGUUCAGUUCCAUGGGAAAAGCUAAUAGAAGGCAAGAAUAAUAUGUUUAUCUAUUCCAAUGUCGCAAACUGGGAAGAUUCUGCUGUCAAAGAGGCGUUUGAUAAUGCAAAACACAGGUUUUGGGCUGAGAUCAACGGCUUUCCCAGCGAUAUUCCGUUGCCUGAUCCCGACAUGCACAUCGAUGAUGUAGAUUGGGACGCAAGUGUCGAUCCUGAACUCUAUCUAGAAUUGGAUAGAGUAGAAGAGGCCCGCCGGAACAUGAAGGAAAAGCGUAAGGAGAAUGAGAUUCUCGGAAAUUCUUUCCUCUUAAAUCAGUCUUCUGGUUCGGGACGGGGACCCGGACCUAGUGCAUGGGAGGGUAAAAAAGUAAUAAAGUCAUUUGAACCACACCUUGCUGGAUGGGGAUGGGGGAUCAAAGAUGAUAAUUCUCGAAGGUGGAUUCCGAAGGAGCAAUAUGGUGGUGACUUGGAUGGCAAGCAUCAAGCAAGAAAUGAUGAGAAAAGAAAUUGGGAAACUUGUGAAGGAUGCAAGAGAGGGAGAGAGAAUAAUGAUGAUGAGAUGAAUGGAGGAGGAAAGAGGAGAAAUUAG